UUAACCCGCUGCGCCACAGCGCCAGCCCCUCUGCCUUUCAAAUACAUAAAAAUAAGUUGUAAAAAAAAAAGUCAAAAGGCAGACCACAUCACUCCACUGCUCAAAACCUUCUGACAGCCGCUCAUUUUCUCAGUUAAAGCCAAAGGCUUUAUAAUGGCCCAUAAACUCCUGCAUGAUCUGGUCCCCCGUUAUCUUUCUAACGUCAUUCCUCAACACCUGACUUUCACUCGGUCUCACCAACCACACUUGCCUCCUUGCUGAGGCCUUUGUACUUGCUGUUCAUUCUUCCUGGAAUGCUUUCCUCCCGGAUAUUUGCAUGGGUGAUCCCCUCACCUUCUCAGCCAUGGUGCUUCAUAUUUCCAUAAAUUACAACACUCCUCCAUCUCCUUGGUGUUUUCUCUCUCUCUCUCUCUCUCCCCCUCCAUAUAUAUAUUUUCCCAUAGCACUUAUCAUCUUAUAAACUAACAUACAUUUUUGUUUACAGAAGUGUCUAACCACUAGUAGACACUCCACAGGUAUUUGUUAAAUGGUGGUGCAGUGAACAUUGAAUGAGAAAAGCACGGUGCAGAAGAAUACGUAUAGCCUGAUAAUUUAUUAAAGUAAAAGAAGAAAAUUUAAAAUAUUGUCUAGAGAUCCAUACAUAUAUUCAGAAUAUUAAUGAACACAAUGGAAUGGUAACACAUUUUGGCUGGUGCCUGGGGUACUCUUGGAGAAAUGGCUCAUUACUCUUGGCGGAUAGAAGAUACCUCUCUCUCUCUCUCUCUCUCUCUCCCUCUCCCUCUCCCUCUCCCUCUCUCCCUCUCUCCCUGCCUCCCUCCCUCGCUUUCUCUCUGCCUCUGGAGAGUUGGUUCAUGGGUCUCUGUUUUCAUGCUUCCUAACUGACAUAUGGGUUAUAUGUAUUUUCCUGUGUGUAUCAACUACUUGAUAGUCACAAAAUGGUUUCAAAAGCAAACAAACACACCAGAAUAGCUAUGGGAGGAGUUGAGGAAUGAUGUUGCAAACACAGAAACACCACAUAGAAAGGCCCUGAGGUGGGAACAGUUUUGUUGUGUUCCUGGGCUUGGUAGGAGGCCCCUGUGCCUGGGGCACUAGAGACAAGGUAGAUAGAGGCAUGAGAAAUCAAAGGAACUGGAUCUUGAAAGUCCACAGUGAAGAGUUGGGCUCUUAUUCUAAGUUCAAUGGAAGACUUUAAGCAGAUGUUUAAAUUAGACUUCCCAUCCGAUCCCAAGGAAGUGGCGGCCAUUGAGGCCAGAAGAAAUAGAGAAAAAGAGCGACAAAGCCGAUUCUUCAAUGUGCGGAACCGAGUCAUAGGGGUGGAUGUUGAAGCCCUGAACAACCAGGUAGAAGAGCGAAAGCUUCGAGAAGCAGACGAGCGGAACAGGGAGCAAGCUUAUGGUACCAGCCAAGUGCACUAUGACUUGGUAGCCCAGAUGUUAGAGAAGGAGGAGUCAGAACGCUCACGCCGGCUGGCUAGGAAAGUCCAGGAGUAUCGGGACCAGAAGCAGCAAUUCAAGACCAGGAGUGAAUUUGACUUUUGGGAUCCAGACCCACUGUGGAAGGAGUUUCCAGGCCAGCCUGGUGACAGUGAUCCCUGCUGUGGCCCAUCCAGCCUGCAGUGUUUCUCUGGGGAGGACCUGGAUAGGGCCGCGUGCCUGAGAAUGCAGCAGGAGCAGUUCAGGAGCAGCCUGAAUUGUCAGAUGCAGGAGAAACAGCAAGCCAAGGCUGAAGAGAAGUACACAGAUAUGCUCAGUGACCAGCUGCGCAUGGCCAUGGACAUGCGGGCCAUGCAGAUGGCCAAGCUGGAGGAGUCUUGUCGCAUAGCCAUGAUGUCUGCGAUGGCCAACGCCAACAAGGCCCAGGCAGCUGAGCUGGCUGAGCGGCAGCGCCGUGAGCAUCAGCAGGAACGGGAGGCCAACCUCAAGGAGAUCCAGAGCCAGGUCACCAGUAACCUGCUGACUGAGAACCCGCAGGUGGCCCGAAACCCUAGGGCUCCCCACCGGGUUCUGCCUCACUGCUGGAAGGGCAUGACUCCAGAGCAGCGAGUUGCCAUCAGGAAGGCCCAGGAUGCACAACGCCAUGAGAAGGAAGCACAACGCCAGGCUGAACAAGCACUGAAGACUGAAUGGGAAAACCAGGCCCGGCGUGCGGCCCAGGCAACACUGGAGCUAGAAGAGCAGGAGAGGAUAUUGUGUGCUGAGCUUCGAAGAGGACUAGGCUCCCUCAACCAGUACCUGGCUGCAGAGCAAAAAGCCCAGCAGAAGUAUCUGAACUCAAUGAUCUACACCAACCAACCUACGGACCAGUAUUACCUGCAGUUCAACACCAGCAGCCGCUGAGCUCAGAAUGAGCAUCUCUCCUUUCCCCCCUCAUUGAGCUCGCAGGUGGCCAGGAGUCAAAAAAGAAAAUGCUCCUUACCCUCACCCCUAACCCAUUCCCCAUGGGAGAAGGCUAAGCCAAUACCCUCACCUUCUA